AACCAAAAAUACCCAGGAGAAAAAGAAAACGUAGAAACAAGUAAAGGAAGAUGAAAGUAGAUUGAAGAAGGAGGGCAACGCAGCGUUAACUGUGUCUCUGUUAUCGUUACUGAAGAACAAGGAGAGAUCCAAAACGACGCAGUCUCUCUUCUCUUUCUCUUAUCUCUCUCUCUCUCUCUUCUUGUGUGUGAACAAGGGAUGCUUCUGAAGAGGAAGAAGAUGGAGCAGAGCUUCACCUUCUUCUUCUCCUCUUAAUCCCAUGGCCUCCUCUCAGCAUCGCUGCGUUUUCGUUGGCAAUAUACCAUAUGAUGCCACAGAGGAACAGCUUAUUGAAAUCUGCCAGGAGGUUGGUCCUGUAGUCUCAUUCAGAUUAGUUAUUGAUAGAGAAACUGGGAAGCCAAAGGGUUAUGGGUUCUGUGAGUAUAAGGAUGAAGAGACAGCUUUGAGUGCUCGGCGGAAUCUUCAGGGUUAUGAAAUUAACGGGCGGCAAUUGCGUGUUGAUUUUGCUGAAAAUGAUAAAGGGAAUGAUAGAAAUAGAGAGCAGGGUCGUGGAGGGCCUGGACUGUCAGCAAAUGUUGACCCUCAGAAACAUGUAGGAAGCAGCUCAGUUAUCCAAGGGGAUGCUGCUCAUCAUCAACCUAUUGGUCUCCAUAUUGCCAUAACAGCUGCGUCUGUCAUGACAGCAGCUCUAGGUGGUGCUCAGUUUGGCGUCCAGUCGGCUCAAAAUGGUUUGCAGAGUCAGUCAGCAUUGGCACAUGAUCCGUUAACUCUGCACCUUGCUAAAAUGUCAAGGAAUCAGUUAAAUGAGAUAAUCUCUGAGGUCAAGGCAAUGGCUACACAGAAUAAGGACAUGGCUCGGCAACUGUUGCUUUCAAGACCACAGUUGCCAAAGGCUCUUUUUCAGGCUCAGAUAAUGCUAGGAAUGGUGACCUCCCAAGUGUUACAAAUGCCAAACCUUAGGAUGGUUUCGGAGCAGGCCUCACAAUCUUCAGUAAAUGAAGGCCAGCUAGGUCAGCCGGCAUUAGUUCAGACUCUGUCUGGCCUACCCCAGAGCUUGGGACAGAGUACAUUGCAGCCUGGUUUGACACCUUAUGUUCAAGAAGGUCAAGCGAACGUCAUGCCCCAUAAUCCUUUGGUUCCUAAUCAAUUGAAUGCACAUCCAAGGCCUCCGUUGCAGCCUAGAGUGCCACUUCAACAACAUUCAAUCAACCAUGUUGGACAGUUGGGAACGCUGUCAGGGCAGUCAAAUUUAAUGCCUCCUUCAGCACGACCCCAGUCAUUGGGGGGUUUGUCUAUGAGGCCCUCAGUUCAAUCUUCAACGUCGACUGCCCCGAACCAGCAAAGGCAUGCCCCUUUGCCACCACAUUCAGCACUUGUUGGAAGCUCAACUGUAGGACAUAAUAUUCAAAUGGUUCGACCAGAUGCAAGCUUUCAGCCUAGCCCCUCUGUAUCAUCAGGAAUUCCUCACUUAAUUAGUAAGGAAGGUGAUAGAUCUGCAUAUUCAAACAUGCCUUUGGGAGUAGAGAAAACAAAUAUGGUUCAUGGUUUGUCUGAAUCGUUGCGUCGCCCUUCAAAGCUCAUGAAAUUGGAUGACGGAAGGAGUACGCCUUUUCCUUUUGCGGAUGUGCCUGUGACCAAUGGUUCAUCCCACAUUCUUGGAAGCAACUCGUUGCCUGCUCUUGCAGCUCCUAAAACAGAAGUGCCUGCUCAGCUUCCAGCAGAUGUAGAGUCUGCUUUACUGCAACAAGUGUUGAAUCUAACACCGGAGCAAUUGAGUUCGCUGCCGCCAGAGCAGCAACAACAGGUCAUUCAGCUCCAGCAGGCUCUACGGCGAGAUCAGAUGCAGUCCUCAUAGCAGACAAAAAACAAACCAAUAGUUACAAUACGCACCAGUGUUAUCAUAUGCUAUAGAUUAGGUUCAGAAUAUCAAAAUCCAAUUCUGGUCUCUUGUAUAUUAUCAUUUGCUGUAGAUCAGUUCAGAAAUAUGGAAAUUCUUUUUGAGCACUGUUGCAUUUUAUCCUUUCGUUUUUGUAUUUUAUUUUCUAAUCCCGUGGCCGAAUAUUUGACAUUACAUUGAGAAGCUCCACAUGAGUGUACCGGAUAUCCUUCAGAAGAGUCUGUACAAUAAUAACUAUGCAGAUUAAAAUUUUGCCAUUUUUGGUUCA